AUGGCCCCGCAGGACCCGGAGCGGGGAGGGUGCUCCGGCACCCCGGGGUCGGGGGCUCGCUGGGCGCUCCACGGCCGCCCCCAGGAGCGGGCGAAAGUCCCGGUGCUGCCGUCGGCAGGAGCAUAUGCGAGUUUGGAGGCUCCCGCCCCUAAGCUGCUUUUAUUAAUUUGUAAUCCCCUGCGAGCAGGAGGUAAAGGGAUUCGGGGGAUUAACGGGCUCACAGUAACAACCACAAUUAUCAGCUCCGGCUGCCUGCGGCAAGCGGUCUGGUUCCAGAACCGCAGGGCCAAGGAGAAAAGGCUGAAGAAGGACGCGGGGAGGCAGCGGUGGGGGCAGUACUUCAGGAACAUGAAGCGAUCCCGGGGGACAUCCAAGUCCGACAAGGACAGCAUCCAGGAGGAGGGGCCCGACAGCGACGCCGAGGUUUCCUUCACAGAUGAGCCCUCCAUGUCCGAAAUGAGCCAUUCCAAUGGGAUUUACAGCAAUCUCAACGAGGCGUCCCCGGCGCUGGGGAGGCAGGCUGGGCCCAACGGGAGCUUUGGGCUGGAUCCCAGUGGGAUGGCGGCUCAGGACCAGUACCACGACCUGCGCUCCACCAGCCCUUACGGCAUCCCGCAGUCGCCAGCGGCCCUGCAAGCGCUGCCAGGCCACCAGCCCUUGAUCUCCAGCUUGGUUUACCCAGACAACGGCUUGGCCAUGGUGGGACAGAGCGGACAAGGGGUGCCCCAGAGCAUGAGAGUCCUGGCCGGGAAUGGACCGAGCUCCGACCUCUCCACCGGCAGCAGCGGGGGGUACCCGGAUUUCCCGGCCAGCCCGGCCUCCUGGCUGGAUGAGGUCGACCACGCUCAGUUUUGAUACAGGGGCCACCCCCAAGCAGCGGGAAGGGAAAGGACUCGGUGCUGUUAAAUGUCACCUGCUGUUGCAAAGGACAGAGGGACGAGCCGUGGGUGCCGAGCGGGGCAGGAAUGUGACGACGCGGAGGGAGCAGAGGGGAUUUCGGAGAUGAGCCUGGCAGAGGAUGGUGGACAAAGGCCCUGGCACUGCAACCAUUGGCACCCGGAGCGUCCAAACCAAACUGAUUCUCGUGUCUUUACCAAACACCAAGACCUUUACAGAUUUGAUAUGAGGUAUUUUGCGUUUUGUUGUCAGUGCAUUCUCCAAAGCAAGGACUUGCUCCAUCACCCAUCCACACCGAAACAUUUUUAAGGGAAAUUAAAAUGCUCAUCCACGGUGAAAGGUGUGACAAUGUCUAUAUUUCUAUAGGAGAAAUGUUCAUAGUGAAUCACUUCAGAAAUCCAUGGUAGGAAACUUCUCUGUUCUUCCAACAGAUUUUUUAAAAGCGCACCAAUGCGGUAUGUUUCGUUUUACUUUGAAUUUACAUUAACUUUUCUAAAAUGAAAUGCUCUUUAAUAUGCCAAUCAUUUAUCAACAGCCCUUUUCCUUUGUAAAAUGAAAAUCAUAUGUUAAUUCUGCUUCUCCCCUUUUUAAUUUGUAGAUUGCUAGGCUGACUCUUCCAUAUAAGCAUUAAACCGUGAAUAGAUGUAUUUAUUACCAAGUAAUUCCACAUUUAUCAUGAGGUCAAGAGGUGAAUUUUCUUGACCCAGGGACACACCGGUGUUGGAUCUCGGUUGUGGAUCUCACGCUUUUCCUUCAAAUUUCUUUGCAUCAGUUUUACUGCAAAGUGUCUCAAAAAUCACCCUGAUGUCUUGUUGCCAAAAACCUUCUCGGGGGGUCGGGCUGGUUUUAAGAUGAGCCCUUCCCCAGGCACUGCUGGAGUGAGCACCCCCUUCCCUUGGGGACAUGUUCUGUUCCAGGCAUUUGUGUAUUUCCACGGAUAUCGUGCAAGCUGAUUGUGAGGAAAGGCAAGACAAUAUGUAUAUUGUUAUCUGUAAAAAUUAUGGAAUUAACUGUAGAUUAUGUGGAUGUCCAGUGUCUUUUAUUUAUAUUCUCGCUUUCUCUCUGAUGAUCAAAUACUUCAAGAUUACAAAUAAAUUUGUCAGCUAAACUUUAAA